UCAGGAGCGGUUUGGGAACAUGACCCGUGUGUACUACCGAGAGGCCAUGGGGGCGUUCAUCGUGUUUGACGUGACACGGCCCACUACCUUCGAAGCCAUCACCAAGUGGAAGGAGGACCUGGACUCUAAACUCAUGCUGACCAACAGAGAGGGCAUCGCCACGGUCCUAUUGGCUAAUAAAUGUGAUCAGGGGCGGGAGGUUCUGACCAAUAACGGCGUGAAGAUGGACCAGUUCUGUAAAGACAACGGCUUUGUGGGCUGGUUCGAGACCUCAGCCAAGGAGAACACCAACAUCAGCGAGGCAGCGAACUUCCUGGUGAAACACAUCAUGGCUACAGAGAAUGAUUUCCUAAAGUCAGUGAUCCCAGACACCAUCUCUCCAAAACUAAAUGACUCACAACCUGGGACCUGCUCUGCCUGCUACAAACCAUAGCUAGACAACUCACAACCUGGGACCUGCUCUGCCUGCUACAAACCAUAGAGGGAGGAGGA